GUGCGUAAGAGCGCAAUUUAGGAUUUAACCAAGUCUUUGCUGAGGGGCUGGCAGAAGUUCGAGAGACCACGUCGGCGUAAGCACACAUCACACAAUGCAAGUGUAGUCUUCAGUCAGUCUUCAGACGUCUCAUUGGAGUUAGACAGCCAUUUAACGUUGCUGCUUUCGAACUAUGACUGGAGUAUUCGACCGAAGGAUUCCGAAUUUCAAACCUUCCGACUUCCAGAACCCUUUUCAGCUUUCCACCAACAUGCACCACCCGUCUCAGGAAUCCCCUACGCUUCCCGAGUCUACGGCCACGGAUUCUGGCUACUAUAGCCCCGCUGGAGCAGUGCACCAUGGCUAUUGUUCGCCUAAUUCCACCUCGUAUGGGAAACCUCUCAAUGCCUAUCAGUACCAGUACCACGGCGUAAACGGAUCUGCAGGAAAUUACCCUGCAAAAACAUACCCAGACUACAGCGCAUACACAGCCUCUGCUUACCACCAAUAUGCUGGAACUUAUAGCAGAGUACAACCACAACCAUUAAGUCCGCAAGAAAAAGAAGUAUCAGAACCUGAAGUGAGGAUGGUAAACGGAAAGCCCAAGAAAGUCAGAAAACCACGGACAAUCUACUCCAGUUUUCAGCUCGCCGCCCUACAGCGGAGAUUUCAGAACACACAGUACCUCGCGCUGCCAGAGAGAGCAGAGCUCGCCGCUUCGUUGGGACUCACGCAAACGCAGGUCAAAAUCUGGUUCCAGAACAAAAGGUCGAAACUGAAGAAAAUUAUGAAGAAUGGCGAGCUUCCACCAGAACACAGUCCGAGCUCCAGCGACCCUAUGGCAUGCAACUCUCCGCAGUCCCCCGCCGUCUGGGACACGCAUGGCCCAUCCAGGCCUCACAGCCACCAGGCACAGAACAUCAACUCCGCGGCUUCCACCUUUUUGGAAAACUCUGCGUCUUGGUACUCCACCGCUGGUGUCAUGAAUUCUCACCUCCAGGCCCCCAACUCGAUACAGCACUCUUUGGUUCUUGGAUCUGGGACGUUAUACUGAAACCCAGUUCAACAAAUAUUUACAUUGUAUUGGACUCGUGUUUAAAAUGUUCAGAGGAAUAUGCAAUGUAUUGAUGAAAGUCAUAGAAGAACGUGUAUAAUGUGUAAAUGUGUGCAUGUAAUUUAUUGCAUUUUGGAAGACUAAUUAAACGUUUUAAAUCGACAAUGGAACCCAGAGACUUUUAAUGGCGCCCUCCUGAAUUAUGACAGACUAAAAAAAUGGCCUACCUACAAAUCCUCCCUCAUGAUUAGGCCUAUAGACAGGCUAUUCGCACUGAAAACCAAUGACUCCGUAACAUUACAAAAUUAGCCCACAUUCUGAGACACUUUAAAUCCAUGCACAGAUCAAACUUGCCUGGACUGUCUGCGUGCCAUAUUUGGUCAGUUGUGCACAUUUGUGAUUCACUUUCAACAUUAAUUUGGGCACAGAUCUAUCAACAAGGAGAUGGUAUAAUGAGCUUAGGCUAUAGGCCUACAAUUAGGCAAUUUUAGAUGCUGGUAUGCCAAAAGGUUAGGCUAGAUUUGUUUCGUGUCAUGUCAUGUAGUUAUUCAUGUUUAGUACUACAACCUGUUUUAUGGUUAUGCGCAUAGUAACAUAGUACGUUAUGUUUUGAGCGGAUACAUUACGGACUAAAACAGAACCUUAUCGAAGAGAGCAUCGUAGAUGAUUAGUGUCUAUUGGUUUCGAUCCCCGGGACCACCCAUACGUAAAAAUGUAUGCACACAUGACUGUAAGUC